AUGGGAUUUUAUUUGGGUCUUGAAGGAAACCAGGGAGACCAGAAAAUAGUGGGAUGGGGUGCUAGUAGUUCUCAUUUCAUCAUCAGUUACCUAAGAACCAGCUCACAAAUCUGAAUUGCUGGGACUUUGGGGUAUUAAUAUUCCUUCAAGGUUAUUUUUGGAUCUUGUUUCCCCCUUGAGUAGCAACUAGUUGACUAACUUGACUGAGUCAGCAAUCACAAGUCUUCCCAGUAGACUCAUUCCUCUAGCAUGAUUCUCAUUGCAGGACCCAGCUUUAAGUGCCUAGGUCCAGCUGUGAGGCUGGGAGUGGGUAGCCAGAGAGAAGCUGACCCUUUUGGCUGCAUACAGGGACAGGUGGGCUGAAAGCUGAGACUCUAAAACAUGAUCUUGAGCACGGGGAGGGAGGUGGCUCAAUUACAGUCCCUCACAGCAAACAGCAUGACUUGCUCACUUUAUAUAGCCUGGAAAGCUCUAUAUAAGGUGGAAAUGCCCAGGGCUAGAGAGAGAGAGACCUUACUGUGACCGCUGCUGCUAUCAUCACUGCCAUCCUUGUAUAGUUCGAGUUUCUCUUAAAGACCAAAGCUCAGUCUGUGCUUUGCCCACAUCUUAGCUUGCACUUCUAAGUCUUUUAGGGGUACUUGGGGAGAAUUUAGUCUCUCCCACUGCCUGCUAGGAUGCGUUACUCAGUGCCAACCACUCCUGCCCACCGCAGCCGCUAUAAUCAGCGGCGUUUACAUGCAGAGCGCUGUGUUCGAUUUCCCAACGAUGUCCUGUUUUUGGAUUACAUCCGACAGGGUGACCUGCGACAGGUAGGGCGCUUCAUCCGGACUCGAAAAGUCUCCCUGGAUACCAUCUAUCCCUCAGGUCUGGCUGCCCUGCAUGAAGCAGUACUUUCUGGAAACCUGGAAUGUGUGAAGCUGCUAGUCAAGCAUGGGGCUGACAUCCAUCAACGGGAUGAAACAGGAUGGACUGCAUUACACAUGGCCUGCAGUGAUGGUUACCCAGACAUUGCCAGAUACCUCAUCUCCCUGGGGGCUAACAUAGACGUUGCCAAUGACGACGGCGAUUUGCCCUCCGACCUCAUCGACCCCGACUACACGGAUCUGGUGGAGUUAUUCAAAGGGGCCACGAUGGACUGACUUGACCAUCCAUCCUCUUGCUGCCCACAUCUCUAUGCACUGCCCUCCCCACCUCCCCUCCUCCCCCUCCCCCCGGAGAUCCCGAACUUGGAGCGGGGUUGGCAGGAAGGAGCAGGAGCUGGAGCUAGGCAGUGUGCUGGGAAAGCUGUUUGUUAAGCUCCCUUCCCGGGCCCCGCCCGCCCAGGUCAGCCUGGUGGAACUAGACUUUUCGGCUGCGGACACCUCCACCCCAGCCCCCUGCCCCGCGCUUGGGGGGUCCUGCCCGAGCCCGGGCAGGAAAGACCCCCGACGGAGAGGCCAAGAUCACUGAGGCCUGGAGUCCCACAAGGCGGAGUGGGGGGGCUCGCGGGCUCCCGCUUGCCCCUGACCUGGGGAGAAAGCUGUGGGAGUCCUUUGGCCCUUCCGGCCCCGGGUCCCGCUUUUCUUUGCAGCCCCGCGGGGAACUUGGCUUUUCUACAGGACA